GGCGGCGGAGGAGCCGGGCGCCCCCGGCCGCCCCCGCCUCGGCCCUCGGGCCUCGGAAGUGACGCAGCGCGCCCCGCCCCCGCCGCUAGAUCCGCUGCUGCUGCCGCGGCGGGCGGACCUGCUGGAGGCGGCGGCGGCGGCGGCGGCGGCAGAGGCCGAGGGAAGAUGGCGGACGGUGUGGACCACAUAGACAUUUACGCGGAUGUGGGCGAAGAGUUCAACCAGGAAGCUGAAUAUGGUGGGCAUGAUCAGAUAGAUUUGUAUGAUGAUGUCAUCUCUCCAUCGGCAAAUAAUGGAGAUGCCCCAGAAGAUCGGGAUUAUAUGGAUACUCUCCCACCAACUGUUGGUGAUGAUGUGGGUAAAGGAGCAGCACCAAAUGUUGUCUAUACAUAUACUGGAAAGAGAAUCGCGUUGUAUAUUGGAAAUCUAACAUGGUGGACAACAGAUGAAGACUUAACUGAAGCAGUUCAUUCUUUGGGAGUAAAUGAUAUUUUGGAGAUAAAAUUUUUUGAAAAUCGGGCAAAUGGCCAGUCAAAGGGGUUUGCCCUUGUUGGUGUUGGAUCUGAAGCAUCCUCAAAAAAGUUAAUGGAUCUGUUGCCUAAAAGAGAACUUCACGGUCAGAAUCCUGUUGUAACUCCAUGCAAUAAACAGUUCCUGAGUCAAUUUGAAAUGCAGUCCAGGAAAACUACACAAUCAGGACAAAUGUCUGGGGAAGGUAAAGCUGGUCCUCCAGGAGGCAGUUCACGUGCAGCAUUUCCACAAGGUGGUAGAGGACGGGGCCGUUUUCCAGGGGCUGUUCCUGGUGGGGACAGAUUUCCUGGGCCAGCAGGACCAGGAGGGCCACCUCCACCUUUUCCAGGAAAUUUGAUCAAGCAUCUUGUUAAAGGAACUCGGCCUUUGUUCCUGGAAACUAGGAUUCCAUGGCAUAUGGGGCACAGCAUAGAGGAAAUACCCAUUUUUGGCCUAAAAGCUGGACAGACUCCACCACGUCCACCCUUAGGUCCUCCUGGCCCACCUGGUCCACCAGGUCCUCCACCUCCUGGUCAGGUUCUGCCUCCUCCUUUAGCUGGGCCUCCUAAUCGAGGAGAUCGCCCUCCACCACCAGUUCUUUUUCCUGGACAACCUUUUGGGCAGCCUCCAUUGGGUCCGCUUCCUCCUGGUCCUCCACCUCCAGUUCCAGGCUACGGCCCCCCUCCUGGUCCACCACCUCCACAACAGGGACCACCUCCACCUCCAGGCCCCUUUCCACCUCGCCCACCUGGCCCUCUUGGGCCACCCCUUACACUUGCUCCUCCUCCGCAUCUUCCUGGACCACCUCCAGGUGCCCCACCGCCAGCUCCACAUGUGAACCCGGCUUUCUUUCCUCCACCAACUAACAGCGGCAUGCCUACAUCAGAUAGCCGGGGUCCACCACCAACAGAUCCAUAUGGUCGGCCUCCACCAUAUGAUAGGGGUGACUAUGGGCCUCCUGGAAGGGAAAUGGAUACCGCAAGAACGCCAUUGAGUGAAGCUGAGUUUGAAGAAAUCAUGAAUAGAAAUAGGGCAAUCUCAAGCAGUGCUAUUUCAAGAGCUGUGUCUGAUGCCAGUGCUGGUGAUUAUGGGAGUGCUAUUGAGACAUUGGUAACUGCAAUUUCUUUAAUUAAACAAUCCAAAGUAUCUGCUGAUGAUCGUUGCAAAGUUCUUAUUAGCUCUUUGCAAGAUUGCCUUCAUGGAAUUGAAUCCAAGUCUUAUGGUUCUGGAUCAAGAAGACGUGAACGAUCAAGAGAAAGGGAUCAUAGUAGAUCACGAGAAAAGAGUCGGCGUCAUAAAUCCCGCAGUAGAGAUCGUCAUGAUGAUUAUUACAGAGAGAGAAGCAGAGAACGAGAGAGACACCGGGACCGGGACCGGGACCGGGACCGCGAGCGUGACCGAGAGCGCGAGUAUCGUCAUCGUUAGAAGCUGAAGGAAGAGGAACACCUUCCAAGACAAAACAGUCUUCAUGGGGGAAAAAUGACGCUUGUCCAGCAGUUUGCUUCUUGUGAUUGAACUGAACCUGUAAGGAUUCAUGGAUAAAAUGAACAGGAAUAGAUCUGAAUAAAGCAAAUCUGCAUAAAUGGUAACCAGUAGCUCUACUUUUAUUUUUUAUGUUGCUUAACUGUUUUAUUUGAAGGAAACCUGUGUGAUUUAAAAAGUUAUAGCUUUUGCAACUUUAUUACUGGUUAUAUACAUUUGGCCAUUAUAAUGUGCAAGCAAUUGGAAAAAAACGUCAAGUAAAUGCUUGUUUUAUAGUAGUUUGUUCUUGUUAAAAAUGUUCAUAUGAUAAUGUCUGUAAACAGCACCACUUUGAUUACAAUAGAUGUAGUGUUGUAAUAAACUGUUUAAUGGGG